AUGCCGAAGGGGCGGCGCGGCCGCCAGAGCCCCACGAUGAGCCAGCGGCCGGCCCCGCCCCUCUAUUUCCCGUCCCUCUACGACCGCGGGGUCUCCACGUCCCCGCUGAGCGACUUCAAUAUCUGGAAGAAGCUCUUCGUACCGCUGAAGGCGGGCGGGCCGGCGGGGGGCCGGUCCCUGCCCCAGGCGCCCCAGGCGCCCCCGGCCCCGAUGCCCCUGCCGCCACCCCCGGGCCUGGGUCCCCCGAGCGAGCGGCCCUGCCCCCCGCCCUGGCCCUCUGGCCUGGCCUCCAUCCCCUAUGAGCCUCUGCGCUUCUUCUACUCGCCGCCGCCAGGGCCCGAGGUGGCUGCCUCGCCCCUGACCCCUGGCCCCACGCCCUCCCGGCUCCUCUCCGCCUCCCACCCCGAGGAGUUGUGCGAACUGGAGAUCCGCAUUAAGGAGCUGGAGCUGCUCACCAUCACUGGGGAUGGCUUCGACUCCCAGCGCUAUAAGUUCUUGAAGGCGCUGAAAGAUGAGAAGUUACAAGGACUGAAGACCAGGCAGCCUGGAAAGAAGUCAGCCUCUUUCUCCUGAGGAGCUGCCCACCAGAGCCUGGGCAGCCACCUCCUUAGGUGUUAGUGCUUAGAUAAUGUGUCCUGUUCGUUGUCAUUUCAAAAAUUGUUAUUUUCUGUUCUGUAUUUACUGCUGUUGUUGUUGCUCCCAGCAUGUACUCCACAUACAGUGCCCACGUGGUAAAUCUCA